AACAAAGGACGAUAAUAAUCUGCGAGUCUGAUGACGGGGAAAUCCGCUGUGAAAGCCCCAAAACACUCAAAAUUGAGUCCGCCAUUUUUGGUCGCACCGAACCUGAAGCUGUUGUGUGUCCAUUUACUGGAACAAGUCUGGACAAUACAAACUGCCGAUUAGAUGUGCGUGACCAGUUAUCCGGCAGUUGUGAUGGUGAAACCCGCUGUCCUAUUCCGACUGAACUGCAAGACUUUCCUGGCGCUGCGGAUCCUUGUGUGGGAACGUACAAAUACGUUGAGGUUACUUACACCUGUUCUUAA